AUGGGGUUAUUAUUCUCAAUUAUCAUUAUCAUCACUCUACUUCUAUGCUUUCACUACUUUUCUUGUGCUUCUUUGCAAAUUCAUCAAUUUCAAUCAUCACUCCACCAUCAAGGAGGAGUAAAUGCUGCACACCAACAAAAGAUUUCUCUUCCAAAAACGGUGCCCAGAAAGCUCAGAUUCACUGAUGAGAAGGUAGAAGAAUAUGAUGAUGAAGUAGUAGUCAGAGAUAAUAAUAUUGCAUCACACGAGCAGAAGGGUUCCCUUGCCGCAGGGAAGCAGCACAAUAGAAACCAAAACAUGGUACUUGGGAGCAAGGGAACAAGACAAGAAUGGACGGAAAUAAGGAGUGAUGACUCUUCACAAUACUUUACUAUGGAUUAUGCUCGAGUUAGAAGACGACGUCCUAUACAUAACAAGAAAUUGCCGGUUGGUCCAUAAAACGUGGUAAUAAGAAAGACGUCAAACAAGAGAUAUUAUGGUUUUGGAGCUAACUAAACCUGUAAACACACACUACUAUGGAGACCACUUAGGUCACAAUUUUGUGAUUGGAAUACGUGCGUGUGGAAUGUGUCUCUUGUCUUAUGCAUUUUGGGGCCGACAUCAGGGAGCAAAACCCUAAAACGUGUAAGAAAACUAUAGAUUAGGACUUAGCCCAACUAACAAGCUCUAUUAAUUAAA